AUAAAACCCGCCAUUUUUGCUCCCCCUCUUUCGCAUCUACAAUUCGUUCAUCUCUUCAAAAAGCCUAAUAGUCUAACGGUGAGGUGCAAGGAAAGAGAUAAACAAAAAUGGCGACAGUUCCAGGACAGUUGAUUUGGGAGGUAGUAAAGAAGAACAAUUGUUUCUUGGUGAAGCAAUUUGGAAGAGGUACUGCUGGAGUUCGAUUCAGCAAAGAGCCCAACAAUCUCUACAAUCUCAACUGCUACAAACACUCCGGGUUGGCAAACAAGAAAACUGUCACCAUUCAACCUGGGGGCAAAGACCAAUCUGUUCUGUUAGCAACAACCAAGACUAAGAAGCAAAACAAGCCUUCAAGCUUGCUUCACAAGUCUGUCAUGAAAAAAGAGUUCCCCAGGAUGGUAAAGGCAGUAAAAAACCAGGUGGCAGACAACUACUACAGGCCCGAUUUGAAAAAUGCUGCCCUUGCAAGAUUGAGUGCCGUGAAUCGUAGUCUGAAGGUUGCCAAGUCUGGUGUCAAGAAGAGGAACCGACAAGCAUCGAAGAUCCGUGGCAGGAAGUAAGCUUUACAGUAUUGUAUGUUUCAUCGUGCUGCAACUUUCUUUGUUUCCGAAAUAGUCUUUUCUUUCAUGGUUCUAGUUUGGUGGAUCUUAUAAUUAGACUUUUCGAAACAAAAGUGAUCAGGGUCCUUUCUAGUUUGUUUUUGGGAUUAUAACAUGACGAGUUUGUUCAAUUUUGUACUUCAAUUUCUCUCA